AGAAAAAGAUCGAUUAUUGUUUACCAAAAAUAAAAAGAUAGGCCAAAUUGACCACUCUAAUCUUAUUACACACAGGCUUACACCAUGCAACUUACCCAACUUAAACGUUGUAGUGUUGUACUUUCCCUACUUAACCAGACCCAUUUCCUCACCUUCGCGCCUAUAAAUCACAUCACACCGUCAACCAUUUCUCACACAUGAAAAGAGAGAACACAACACAACAAACUAAAACACACACCCUCUAAGUUCAUCAACCUCUUCAACAUCAAAACUUGUAAUAUUUUAAUGGCAACACGCGUGAUCCCUCCGAGAAUCCUCAAGAAUCUUCGUUACAACACAACAACCAAGCCCCUCAACGCCGCCCAACCCUCCAUCUCUCCGGCCAUCGCCUCACCGUCGCUCUUCGAGAGGUCGCCGUCCCCUCCUGCCGCGGACGUCAUUCCGGCAUCUGCGGCUGGGACGGCAGCGCUCAACCUGGACGACGCGGAGCGGCUAUUCGCAUCGGUGUCGACAAAGAGGCUGCUCCGGUCGUCCGCAGUUCUGCACGCGACGGCGGUGGGGCCCAUGGUGGACCUGGGAAUGUGGAUGAUGAAGUCGAGGGUGUUCCAGAGCGGGCUGCUGAAGGAUCUCGUCAUGGCCGCCACGAAAGAGACGUUCUUCUCGCACUUCUGCGCCGGCGAGGACGCCGCCUCCGCCGGACGGAGCAUCCGCGCGCUCAACGACGCCGGCUUACGUGGCAUGCUGGUGUAUGGUGUGGAAGACGCGCAUGAAAACGAUGGGUGUGACAGAAACCUCAAUGGGUUCCUUCACACUGUGGAUGUUAGCAAAUCGCUUCCACCAUCCUCUGUGAGUUUUGUCAUUGUGAAAAUCACUGCAAUAUGCCCCAUGGCAUUGUUAGAAAGAAUGAGUGACCUUCUUAGAUGGCAACAAAAAGACCCUUCAUUCGUUUUGCCAUGGAAGCAAGAUUCCCUCCCAAUUUUCGCUGAGUCUAGUCCUUUGUACCACACACAGAAGAGACCGGAGCCUCUAACCCCAGAAGAAGAGAGUGAUCUUCAACUUGCCAACCAGAGACUCCUUGAACUUUGCCAAAAAUGUGAGGAAGCCAAUAUGCCUUUGUUGGUUGAUGCAGAACACACCACGGUUCAGCCGGCUAUUGAUUACUUCACAUACUCUUCAUCCAUAAGGCACAACAAGGAUGACAACCCCAUUGUGUUUGGAACCAUUCAAACUUACUUGAAAGAUGCCAAGGAGAGGUUGUUACUCACAACAAAGGCAGCAGAGAAAAUGGGAGUUCCAAUGGGGUUCAAAUUGGUGAGGGGUGCCUACAUGUCUACAGAGAGUAAAUUGGCUGAGUCUUUUGGAUAUGCAUCUCCAAUUCACAAUACCAUUCAAGAUACACACAAUUGCUUCAAUGAUUGUUCAUCAUUUCUGCUUGAGAAAAUUGCAAACGGACCUGGUUCAGUUGUUCUUGCAACCCACAAUAUUGAAUCAGGAAAAUUGGCUGCAACAAAAGCAUAUGAAUUGGGGGUUGGAAAGGUGAACCACAAGCUAGAAUUUGCACAACUAUAUGGAAUGUCAGAGGCACUUUCCUUUGGUUUGAGCAAUGCAGGGUUUCAGGUUAGCAAGUAUAUGCCAUUUGGGCCAGUAGAUAUGGUUAUGCCUUACCUUUUGAGAAGGGCUGAAGAAAAUAGAGGGCUCUUAGCUGCUUCAGGUUUUGAUAGACAACUGAUGAGAAAGGAGUUGGGAAGGAGACUAAAAGCUGCAGUGUUCUAAAUUAAUCAGGAAGCAGGAUUCAUUGACUUUUUGUACGAAUUAGAGAAUUUUGUAAUGUGAUGAAAUUGUGCAUUCAAUGAAAUGAAAUUCUGCUUUAUUAGGGUGUUUUGUUGGAAAUGCAACCAAGCUUUUGUGUUGAGCAAUGAGCUUGUGCUUAAAUUGGGAAAGUGUAAAAUCAAGUUCGAAAAAUGAGUAAAAAAACAAGAAUAAUUUUCAAGUCA